UGAAGAUGGCCCUUCUUGCUUUAUCCACUCUGCUACUGAUGCUGAUCUUCUCUGCAGUAGAGGUGGAUGGUGAGGUGGACGCAGAGGCUCUGACCUGUCCGGAUCAGCAGCAGGCCUUCGAGGGCUCCUGCUUUGAGUUUGUGUCUAUGCAGCGCAGCUUCUUCAGCGCUCAGGGCUGGUGCGAGCGCGGCGGGGGACAUCUGGCCUUCAUUCAGAAUGAUGAGACUCAGCAGUUCCUCCAGAAACAUCUGCAGCCACAGCUGGACUGGUGGUUGGGUCUGGCACCAGCCUCCUUUAACCUCAGCCUGGACUCUGCUGCCACUGAGGGUCCCCUGUCCUGGCUGGAUGGCUCUGAUGUAAGUUACUCUAACUGGUUUGGGGAGCCCGUGCCAGGAGCAGGAUGUGGAUACAUCUCCAAAGACUCUGGAUUCCAAUGGGGAACAACGACAAACUGCAGCCAGGAGUUCUUCUUCAUCUGCGAGUUUGAGUCGGGACGCUCUCUAGCAUGUGCGGACCACAAUGCCACACUGCAGUGUGGGUCUGGUCAGGUGAUAGAGAUUGAUGACAGCUUCUACGGCAGGAGGACACUCCACUACUGCAGGAACAGCCGUUCACCCUCUCAAGCACCUGCACAGAAGGAGUGCAGCUGGAUGGAUGUGGUGGACUUGGUUUCAGAGCACUGCCACGGUCUGCAGGUGUGUCAGGCUACAGCGGACGUAGCGUCAUUCGGUGAGCCGUGCCCGGGACUGGGGAGCUACCUGUCGGUGGAAUAUCACUGCAAGAAUGGUCUUCAUCUGCUGAUGGAUAAACUGGCUGCUGUGUUUGAAAACGUCACUUUAACAGUAAAGUGGCUGCUCCACCCAUUCCAGGGUAACCUCACAUGCACCCUGGGUACUGGAGACGGGCACACCAUCGACCCCUACAGUCCUGAAGGGGCGCAGGGUACUGUGGUGCACCAGUACCAGCAUGCUGGCAUCUACACCGUUACAGUGGAGUGCAGCACCAGCGAGUGGCACGUCACUGCUCAGAAAACCAUCACCAUCCAGGAGCCGGUGGGAGAAUUCAGGACAAUAAGAUGCCACAGCUCAAAUCAUUGGACAGACGGGGAAAACUGUAAAGGCCUUUACCAGCAUGAUCUGAUUAUUCAAGUGGAGCUGGAAUCAGGAACUAACGUCAGCUACAAGAUCCAACACAAUGGGACAGAAAUCAGCCGCUCGUCUGCAGUCAGAGGGACUGUUCCCCACAACAUCACCUUACCCCCGGAAACCCUGCAGCAUCUGGGGGCAGGAUGCCAUCAACUGACUCUCUUGACCUCCAACAGAGCAGCAGCUGUAGACGUAUGGACUGCUCUGGAGCUGUGUGUGGUGGAGCCAGUGGAGGGCCUGUUAGCUUCUUUAGCAUCAGACCAGGAUUUCUGUUCUGGAUCAUUUCUGUACAUAAAUGUUUCUGUUAGGAGUGGAGCUCCAGUGGAGCUACUCUUUAUGAUCUCAGCAGCCAAUGAGAACGUCUCUGAGACCCAUCAGACACUUAACAGCAACCACCAGGUCUUUAACAUCUCCAGCACAUCAAAAGGCACACUAAAUGUGCUGGUCAGAGCAUGGAACCUGUUUUCAGUGAUGGAAGUGGACGCUGGGAAUGUAACAGCAGAGUGCCAGUCUCUCUCAGAGACCGGACAGGAUGAACACUCAACAGGCGAAAUGGUUAGACUCCCAAGAGACAGUAAUCCAGAGAUCACUGUAGAUCCAGAAAACCCAGUUAUCGGCACAAACAGUGUCACACUGGGAGUUAAAAACCUGCAGGGAAAUAAUAAACAGUAUACGUUUGCCUGGAGCUGCAGUCAGGACUGUCCCUGUGCAGUUACUGCUAUCACUGAAACAUUUGUGAUAAAUGCGGCCUGUCUCCCUGCACCCUACAGUUUCUCAGUCUAUUCUCUGACGGCUACAAGAUUGACAGGAAAUCCAAAGCCUGAAACAGCAACCAAAUGCAUCACUGUUACACCACGGACCGAUUUCCGUCCGGUCAUCACAUGUUCUAACUGCAGUCCAGUGAACGUCCGCAUGGAUGUAAAUCUGCAGUUGCAGUGCAGCGGCUGCCAGCAGAUAGUUUGGUACUUUGAGGACACGAGUUCUGUAUCUGAAAUUAUAAAAUCCUGCUAUUCCAACAUUAAUCAGAAACCGCUGAUAAAGAUGGGAGAAAAUGUCAGCUCUCUCACUGUUCCCAGUUCAACUCUGAUUAAUGCAGUGCAGAAUAUCGUUGUUCUGGUUUAUGGUGUAAACGGUGCCUAUUCUGGAUCUACUAAAUUCACCAUUCCAAUCUUCUCCACUACAACCACUACAACCUCAACCUCACAACCUACUACACAAACCCCAACAACCACAACACAACCAAACUCAGCAACCACCCCCUCCACUACAACCUCACAACUUACUAGAGGAACCCCAACCACUACCACACGGACAACCUCAGCAACCACCCCCUCCACUACAACCUCACAACUUACUACAGGAACCCCAACAACCACAAGACAGUCAACCACAGCAACCACCAUCUCCCCUACAACCUCACAACUUACUACACAAGCCCCAACAACAACAACACAGGCAACCUCAGCAACCACCCCCUCCAUUACAACCUCAACCACACAGUCUAUAGCCAGGCCCACCACAUCCACAACCACAACUUCUCCCACUUCUACAACCUCCACUACUGUACCAACACGCUUUACCACUACAAGCCCCCCCAGCCCACCCUCCUGCACUAUUAGCCCCACAGUGGGAGACAUUCUCUCCCCAUUCAACAUCACCUGCACUGUGCAGCCCUCCUUCUGCUGGAGCGCCCCCUGUACUUACUGCUUCAGAACAUCUUCAGGUCACUACCUUCACUGUGGUCAUGAGUGGGCAGUACAUUCCCUCUUCCUCCCUCUGGGAGCUGGUAGUAACCAUUCUGUGGUUGUGCUCAUCACAGUGCAGAAUGGAGCUGGACAGAGGAUUAACACCUCUGUAUCUGUGCAGGUGAAUCAGGUUAGCUCUGGGUCUACAGUGCAGGAUCUGGAGGCUCUCGUGUCCAAAGAGGUGAAUCUCAAAGGAGCAGCACUGGCUCAGAUGUACCAGUCUGUGUGCAGCAGGCUGAAUGGGAGCUCAGCUAAUGGUCAAGAGCAGACUGCCAGGAAGAAGCUCAGAGAGAAGAUGCUGUUAAACCUGGACACAGCGGUAAACACAGCCCCCAUCACAAACCCUUCAGAAAUGCAGAUGGUUGCUGGAGCUAUGGUGAGCCUCACCGCCCAGAGUGACGAGCUGUCCCCUACAGCACAGUUAAAUGCCAGCUCUCUCCUGUCAGACCUCAGUCAGUCCCUGGUGUCUCUCGCCCAGUCUGAGGAAAGUGCCAAAGAUGUAAUGGUGCAGGCGGCCACGCCCCUUCUUCAGGCUGCCAGUAACAUCCUCAAAGCUUCUGCCAGCACAGAGAACCAGGAAAAGACCUCCAAGCUUUUGCUGAAUGCAGCAGACAGCAUACAGAGUGCCAUGCUGGCCGGCAAACCAGCAAACCAGGAGCCAAUCAUCAUCAGCACUGCCCAGAUCAGUAUGUAUGUGAACAGAAUGUCUCCAGAUAAGCUUCAGAAACAGUCAUUCAGCAUUGAGAACAGCAGCUCCGCCAGCUUCACGCUCCCGUCUCUGGGUUCUGGUGUGCUGCCGUUGGAAGAACCAGUGGAUGUGAGGAUGCUGAGUUUUGGGAUGAACCCUUUCUCCUGGAGUAAAUCUGAUGAUAUAAGUGGAUCAGUGGGGGGUCUGUCCCUCACCACAGAGAACGGCUCGGCCAUCCCGGUCACAGGUCUUAAUGAGGAAAUAGAGAUCCUCUUACCGAGAGCAGUGGUUGGAGAGGUGAACAGCACAUUUCUGGACUUGGGAAACUACAGUACUCUAAUCAUCAACGUGACGACACCUGAUAUAUCACUGGUGCUGAAACUGGACCCCUCAGAGGAGACACCUCUACAGUUACUCCUGGGCUUUGAGGAGUAUCCUAAUGACACCAACUACACGGCCAAAAUCCAGCUUCCACAUCCAGGAGUCUCAACAGAGGACAGGUACACCUGGGUGCUGGACUCGAGGGAUCUGACAGUUGAAGUAGGAGUUUAUUUUCUUUUGGUGAGGCCGGUUGUAGAAGCUGGUGUAAACUCCUCAAACACUUCCGUCUUCAUCACCUCCAUCGCUGCCCAGUGCAAGUACUGGGAUGAGACUAAAACCAACUGGAGUGACUAUGGCUGUAGGGUCGGCCCCCGGACCACGCCUCAGCUCACUCAGUGCUUGUGCACUCACCUGACCUUCUUUGGGAGCUCUUUCUUUGUCAUGCCCAACCUGGUGGACGUGUCUCGCACUGCUGAGCUUUUUGCCACGUUCGUCAACAACCCUGUGGUGGUGUGUUUUGUGGGCGCCAUCUUCCUGGCCUACCUGUUGGUUGUGAUCUGGGCAAGAAGGAAGGACAUCCAGGACACAGCCAAGUUGAAGCUAACAGUUCUGGAGGAUAAUGAUCCUUUGGCGGAGUAUCGCUACUUAGUGACCGUCACCACUGGCCAUCGACUGGGAGCAUCUACCUCCUCUCAGGUAACAGUGACAAUCCUGGGCUCUGAGGGGGAGAGUGAACCCCACCACCUGACUGAUCCGGACAAGCCGGUGUUCGAGAGAGGAGCGGUGGACAUGUUCCUGCUGACCACCCCGUUCUCUCUGGGAGAUCUGCAGAGCAUCAGGCUGUGGCAUGAUAACUCCGGAACACAUCCAGCCUGGUUUGUGAAUAAGGUGAUGGUUCAGGACUUGGAGACAGGUCAGAAGUGGCAUUUCCUGUGCAGCUCCUGGCUGGCCAUCGAUGUGGGAGAGUGUACCUUGGAUAAAGUCUUUCCUGUGGCCACAGAGAUGGACUUAAAACAGUUUAGUAAUCUGUUCUUCAUGAAGACCGCAAAAGAUUUCCGGGAUGGUCACAUAUGGUUCUCUGUGAUCAGUCGUCCGCCCAGCAGUAACUUCACUCGGGUUCAGCGGGUCUCCUGCUGUUUCUCUCUGCUGCUCUGCACUAUGCUGACCAACAUCAUGUUCUGGGGAAUACCCACUGACCCUUCAGAGCAGACCAUGGAUCUGGGUAAGAUCGAGUUUACAUGGCAGCAAGUGAUGAUUGGCAUCCAGAGCUCCAUCAUCAUGUUCCCCAUCAACCUCUUGAUCGUCAGCAUCUUCAGAAACACCCGGCCAAGAGAACGAAAGCCAGAAAACGCUCCUAAACCGCAGCCCAAGAUAGAUUCUACCAAGCAGGGGAAAACAGGACGGGUGUCCCCGACUGACCCUCCCUCUCCACAGACUGAGCGACAGAUCACUCCUGAUACUGUGAUUAAGGACAUCAAAAAGAUAGCCCAGUCCCUGUCCAAGGUUCUGAGGAGCCCCAUGCCAAGGAUGGACUGUGGGAACAUGGAUAUUAACGCUCUGCUGUCGCUGGUUGAGGACAUUAUUCGGCAGCAGAACCGCGCGGGUGGCGAGUUUUACUCUGAUGACUGCAAGAAAGAGCUUUCUCUCUCUCUGAGAGCUGUGAAUCUGCAAGAGGGCAGCCCUGAACGCACUUCAAACGAGAAGCGGCACCUCUACAGACAGUAUCUCUACAAGCAGCUCCAGAACGUGGAGAAAGAGCUGAAGCUGCUGGGUCCGUCACGGUUCUCCAAGCCGGACGGCUACAGCCGGGCAGUGCUGCAGGUCCAGAGCAUGAAGGGACUGCUGGAACCCAACCCUUUCUCCAGCUCCAGCGGGGACUGGUACUCCGGCAGCUCCAGCCCUGUGGAAGGUGGAGACAGUGGAGACAAGAAGAAGAAGAAGUGCUGUCAGAAAGGUCUGCCCUGGUGGUUCGUGUUUGUGGGCUGGUUUCUUGUGGCAGCCACCAGCGGCGUGUCGGCGUACUUCACCAUGAUGUAUGGGCUGACCUAUGGGAAACAGAAGUCCAUUAGCUGGCUCAUUUCAAUGCUCGUGUCUUUUUUUGAGAGUCUCUUCAUUACCCAGCCAGUGAAGGUGCUUGGAUUUGCUGUCUUCUUUGCUCUGGUGCUGAAGAAAGUUGAUCAGGAGGAAUAUGGCGACGUUCCCAUUGAUGGGAAUCUUCCAAAUUCAGAUGAUCCAGAUGCUGUGCGCUUUGCCCGAAGGGACAGCACCUGCAGUUUCUAUCAGCCCCCUCCGCCUUCUAAUAUCGAGAAGAUGAGGAACAACAUGAUCAAAGAACAGAAAGUCUUCGGGCUGAUCCGAGAGAUCCUCAUCUACAUGGGCUUUCUCUGGAUGCUGCUCCUGGUGGCUUACGGUCAGCGUGAUCCGAACGCCUUCUACCUCACUCAGCACAUUCAGCAGAGCUUCAGCAACGGCAUCUCAGACAGCAUGACCCACGGAGAAGUGUUUCAGUGGGCUAACAGCACCCUCCUAAAUAACCUCUUCGGGCAACAACCAGGUUUCAUCACAGACGGAAACUCGAAGCUGGUAGGGAACGCUCGUCUGCGUCAGGUCCGAGUGCAGGACGGAUCCUGCAGGGUGGACAGAUCCAUGCGGAACUCUGUUCCUGACUGCCACGCUCCGUACUCCUGGGACAUGGAGGACCUGGGCUCGUAUGGUCCUGGCUGGAACCCCUCGAUAGAUGCCAACCUGUCUAAGACCCUGCCCACCCCCUGGCAGUACCAGACCCAGUCCAGACUCAGAGCACACCCUAUCUGGGGUGGGGUGGCUGUGUAUAGAGGAGGAGGUUUUGUAGUGGACCUGGGACCCAACAGAGAAAACGCAAGCAGUUCUCUUCAGUAUCUAUUUGAGAACACCUGGCUGGAUAUGUUCACCCGGGCCAUCUUCGUUGAAUUCACUGUUUAUAACGCCAACGUGAACCUGUUCUGUAUCGUCACCCUGAUGUUCGAGACCACAGCUGUGGGAGCGUUUCAGUAUCGCAGCGAGCUGCAGAGCGUCCGGCUCUACCAGUCCACCGGCGGACUUCAUAUAUUUGUUAUGGCCUCUGAGGUCGUCUACUUCCUCUUCAUCUUUUAUUACAUGUUCCAGCAGGGUAAACUGAUGAAGCAGCAGAAGUGGGAGUAUUUCAGGAGCAAGUGGAAUCUGUUAGACAUGGCCAUCAUUAUUUUGAGCUGGAGUGCGUUACCUGUUUUUAUCAAGAGGACACUUUUGGGUAACCAGAGCAUUGAGUACUACCAAAACCACAAAGAUGAAUAUGCUGGUUUUAAUGAAACCGCGACGGCUGAUGCGGUUCUCGGAUACAUCAUCGCUUUCCUGGUUCUGCUUGCCACUGUCAAACUGUGGCACUUGCUGCGCCUCAACCCUAAGCUUCAUAUGAUCACCUCCACGCUGCAGCGGGCAUGGAACGACAUCUCCGGCUUCAUUGUGGUUAUGACUAUCAUGUUCCUGGCCUACUCUGUUGCUUGUAAUCUGCUGUACGGUUGGAAGCUUUACUCGUACCGGACUCUUCUCAAUGCCGCCCAGACAAUCGUCAGUUUACAGCUGGGAAUCUUCAACUAUGAGGAAGUUUUGGAUUAUAACCCUGUUCUCGGAGCGUUUAUCGUCGGAUCCUGCAUCAUCUUCAUGACGUUUGUGGUUCUGAACCUGUUCAUAUCUGUCAUCCUGGUGGCGUUCAGUGAAGAACAGAUACACCAUAAGCCGUCCGAAGAGGAGGAAAUCGUGGACCUGAUGCUAAUGAAGAUCUGCAGCCUGUUUGGAGUUAAAGUGAAGAACCAGCAGCAGAAUGAUGCCACGAUCGCCAACACAGGACCUUCUGUCAUAUCAUAGACUAUAUAGCACUUUACUUCUCAUUCUGCUUAAUGAGAUGCUUUUAUAGAACCUAUAUGGACAAAAGUAUUGGGACCCCCACUUAUUCAUAGCUUAUUUUCUUGGAAAUUAAGUUUAUCCUGCUUAUGUUGGAGUAACAGUCUUUGCAGUCCAGUUAAAACGUAAGUUAAUCCUAGAAGUAGAAUUGGAUAUUUUUGCAUUGCUGUGAAGAUUUGAUUGCAUUCAGCAGCAAGAGCAUUCAUUAGUGAGGUCAUGAUGUUAUAUGAUAAUCACCCCAAUUCAUCUAGAAAAAAAGUAGUAGAUGGAGCACCAUCAUUCCAAAGAAACACAGUCCCAGUGCUCCACAGCUCAAUACUGGGGGUAGUUAAACCACUCUUCUAGGCUAUAAAGUGGAAAAAAAUAUAUAUUUAUUUUAUUGGUAGAAUAAAGUUCUAAUAUUGAUAUAAUUAGAAACAUAAAAUCUACCAAAAAUGCCAAUUUAUGUAAUUUAUGCACCUUAUAAUGGAGGUUAGUCAGUGACAGAUGCUGUAAAUAUUGUAUAUUGAAAUACUAGAAAUGUCUAAAAAUCAUAUAACUUAUAUAUAUAUAUAUAAAUAUUAAAUGAUCCAGACUUAAUACAAAGCAAACGGGAUCAUGUUUAUCUGCUCCACAGUCCUAUUCUAUUGGCAGUACUAUUCUUAUGGAGAUGUGGAUUUCAUUUUCCAGCAGGACUCGGCACACUGCCCACACUUCUAAAAGUACCAAUUGGUCUUAUAUAAUAUACUAAUUUUGUGUUUUUUUAUUGGCUGUAAGCCAUAAUAAACAAUGAAAUAAAUACAUGCUUAAAAUAGAUCACUCUGUAUGUAAAACAUCUAUAUGAGUUUCACAUUUUGAACUGAAUUACUGAAAUAAAGUAACUUUUCAAUAUUCUAUAUAUUUUUAUAUGCACCUGUAGCUGAAUGCAUGCUGUAGAAGGGGUGUCCACACACAUUUGGCCAUAUAGUUUAUUUCAUGCGCUGUGUGUAAAUAGUAUUGUACUCCACACUGCUGACUGGAACUCUGUACUGUGUUGGCUGCUUGAUGUCUUCAGCAUGUCCUUUAAUACAGUAGUGAUUAAACCUGCAACACUUGAUGUCUGAUGUAUCAGUUUCAUAUUAAAUAUUCUGUAGAUAAUAAAAGUGAAGGGUGAAUAUUUGUGAUGCUUUUUAAA